CUAUCAUUAACAUCAGCACAAAGUGAUCGGUAUAAAAGGUGGGUUACUACAAGAUAAGUACAUUGUGGAGACAGCAAUUCACAAAAUGUUCAAAUUUGUCCUGCUCGCGCUGGCGGUGGUUCCGGCCAUCAUGGCCAUUCAAGUGGCCAUCAGGUACCAGGAGCCGUUGUUGUCGCUUACCUUGCAUGAUAACAGCCGCGACAUCGCCAGUGUUGCCUUCCAUUACAUCACCAACAACGUCAACCACCAAGCCAGAGGAGUCCGCCUGAGUGACGGCUGGCAGUACCAGACCCGUGACGCCAGACUCGACGGCGCUGACGGCAUCACAUCAUACGCCGUGGCCUACAACGCCGAGGGUCGCGUGCUCUACACCAGUGAACGUUCCCAUCUCGCUCUCAAUGGAAACAGGGGCGUGGCUGUCUUGCCCGGUAGAAAGAUGAGGGGUGCCGUCAUCUUCAGGGACGACUUCAACAGUUUGAACACCGGAAACUGGAAGUAUGAGGUGUCCAUGUUUGGCGGCAUGAACUGGGAGUUCCAAGUGUACACACCAGAGGCCAAGAACGUCUUCGUCAGAAACGGAAACUUGUUUUUAAUGCCAACUCUGACCGUUGAUGAUCCCAGAUGGGAUGAAAACUUCUUGCACACUGGAAAAAUGGAUGUUGCCCAAAUUUGGGGCUACUGUACCAACAGUGGCAACUACGGCUGCGUCAGAGAAGGCCAAUAUGGCAUGCUGCCACCCAUCAUGUCUGGCAAGAUCACGAGUAUCCCCACUCUCAGAUACGGCAUUGUUGAGGUCAGAGCUAAAAUCCCCAAGGGAGACUGGAUUUGGCCAGCUAUCUGGAUGAUGCCAAGAGACAGCGCUUAUGGCGGCUGGCCCAGGUCUGGCGAGAUCGAUAUCAUGGAGUCCAGAGGUAACAACGGCGACAUUGGUGUCGGUACAGUCAGCAGCACCUUACAUUGGGGACCCGCCUGGGACAACAACAAAUGGGACCUGACCCACGGGGAGAGACACACCGGAUCAUGGCACGACAACUUCCACACCUGGAAGCUUGAGUGGACACCUGACCACCUCAUCACCUUUGUGGACAACCAGAAAAUCAUGGAGGUGACCCCAGGGGCCAACUUCUGGCAGAAGGGAGGCUUCAGUGGCCCCAACAUCUGGGCCAGCGGGGAGAAGAUGGCUCCAUUCGACAAGGACUUCUACAUGAUCUUCAACGUCGCUGUCGGUGGCACCAACGGCUUCUUCCCUGAUAACGCCAACUGGGGCGUCAGGAAACCAUGGGCCAACAACUCGCCACAGGCCGCACAAGACUUCUGGAACGGUCGCCACGACUGGCAGCCAACUUGGCAGGGAGAUCAGGCUGCCAUGCAGAUCGACUGGGUCGAGUUCAGGAACUUGUAAAACACCUGGCCAGUUUGAUAUGCCAGUUGGGAGUUUGAAAUGUUUAUGUACAGAGCAUUUUUCUAGGAAUAAAUAUUUUGUUUGAUAGUGUU